AUGGGACUCGAUCCGAACUCAGGCCCAAACGGUGGGAACGCCCAGAGUCCGCGGUUCUUCCAGCUCUAUAUGGGACACGACGAUGAGAUUACACUGUCGCUGCUGAAUCGUGCUUGGCGCGCGGGGUACGACGUACUGAUGCUUACGACAGACACCUGGCAGCUCGGCUGGCGCCCGACGGACAUGAACAUCGCCAACUACACGUUCUACUAUCCCGGGACGGUAGGCAACGAGAUGGGGACGUCCGACCCGGUGUUCAUGCGCAAGCACGCGGAAGAUCUCGAACGAGACUCGGGCAAGUGGAUCGACCACUCCGUGUGGCAUGGCAAGGCGCACGGGUGGGACAAGGUGCGCUGGCUCAUCGGCGAGUGGAACCGCAUCUCGGGCGGGCGGCCGUUUGUGCUCAAGGGCAUUCAGAACGCGGCGGACGCGCAGAGGGCACUGGAAGUCGGUUGCGCAGGUAUCGUCGUCACGAACCAUGCGGGCCGCCAAGUCGACGGCGCCGUAGGGAGCUUGGAGGUCCUGCCUGAGAUCGUCGAGGCCGUUGGUGACAGUGCGUGUCCCCUUCCUCCUCUGCUCCUUCUAUCCUUUCUCAGUCUACCCCGGUGGAAGCUUGCACAUGUUAACGAGCCGACAGAAAUGACGAUCAUCUUCGAUUCGGGCGUGCGCACGGGGGCGGACGUGUUCAAAGCACUCGCGCUCGGCGCGCACGCCGUCGAGGUCGGGCGGCUCUACAUCUGGGGGAUGGCGCACGAGGGCGAGGCCGGGUGCAGGCACGUUAUGAAGAGCCUGUUGGCGGACCUCGAUAUUUUAAUGACUGUCGCAGGAUACAGCUCGAUCGACAAGGACGUGCGCGGGAAUAAGGAGGCGUUGCGGUAUAAUCCGCAUGGUGUCCCGCCGGGGAGUGGUGAGUAUGCGAGGUUGUGA